GAUGUUUCCGCUUCCGUCAGCCGCGGCUGCAGCCUCGCUCUGGUCCCUGCGGCUGGCGGCCGAGCCGUGUGUCUCCUCCUCCGCCGCCGCCAUAUUGUCUGUGUGAGGAGAGGGGAGAGCGGCCGCUACCGCUGCCGCUUGCACCACAGUGCGAAGAAAAGCAGCCUGAAACAAAGUCUUAAACGCCCCUCACCCACCGCUGCCUCUGAACACAGUGACUGCCAGAUCUCCAAACAUCAAGUUCAGCUUUGUUCGCCAACCUGUCUGACAUGUCGGGACCCGUGCCAAGCAGGGCCAGAGUUUACACAGACGUUAAUACGCACAGACCCCGGGAGUACUGGGAUUACGAGUCACAUGUGGUGGAGUGGGGAAAUCAAGAUGACUACCAGCUGGUUCGAAAAUUAGGCCGGGGUAAAUAUAGUGAAGUAUUUGAAGCCAUCAACAUCACAAAUAAUGAAAAAGUUGUUGUUAAAAUUCUCAAGCCAGUAAAGAAGAAGAAAAUCAAGCGUGAAAUAAAGAUUUUGGAGAAUUUGCGAGGCGGCCCCAACAUCAUCACACUGGCAGACAUUGUAAAAGACCCUGUGUCACGAACCCCCGCCUUGGUUUUUGAACACGUAAACAACACAGAUUUCAAGCAAUUAUACCAGACGUUAACAGACUAUGAUAUUCGAUUUUACAUGUAUGAGAUUCUGAAGGCGCUGGAUUACUGUCACAGCAUGGGAAUUAUGCACAGAGAUGUGAAGCCCCAUAAUGUCAUGAUUGAUCAUGAGCACAGAAAGCUUCGGCUAAUAGACUGGGGUUUAGCUGAGUUUUACCAUCCUGGCCAAGAAUAUAAUGUCCGAGUUGCUUCUCGAUACUUCAAAGGUCCUGAGCUACUUGUAGACUAUCAGAUGUAUGAUUAUAGUUUGGAUAUGUGGAGCUUGGGUUGUAUGCUGGCGAGUAUGAUUUUCCGGAAGGAGCCAUUUUUCCACGGACAUGACAAUUAUGAUCAGUUGGUGAGGAUAGCCAAGGUACUGGGGACAGAAGAUUUAUAUGACUAUAUUGACAAGUACAACAUUGAAUUAGAUCCACGUUUCAAUGAUAUCUUGGGCAGACACUCCCGUAAGCGAUGGGAACGCUUCGUCCACAGUGAAAACCAGCACCUUGUCAGCCCUGAGGCCUUGGAUUUCCUGGACAAGCUGCUGCGAUACGAUCACCAGUCACGGCUCACCGCAAGGGAAGCCAUGGAGCACCCCUAUUUCUACACUGUUGUUAAGGACCAGGCUCGAAUGGGCUCAUCUAACAUGCCAGGAGGCAGUACACCUGUCAGCAGCGCCAAUAUGAUGUCAGGGAUUUCUUCAGUGCCAACCCCUUCGCCCCUCGGACCUCUGGCAGGCUCACCAGUGAUUGCUGCUGCCAACCCCCUCGGGAUGCCUGUUCCAGCUGCCGCUGGCGCUCAGCAGUAACGGCCCCUGCUGUCUCCUGAUGCCUGAGCAGAGGUGGAGGAGUCCACUCUCUCCUUGAUGCAGCUUGCGCCUGGCGGGGAGGGGUGAAACACUUAAGAAGCACCGUGUCUGAACCGUUGCUUGUGGAAUUAUAGUAGUUCAGUCAUAAAAAAAAAAUUAUAGGCUGAUUUUCUUUUCCUUUCUUUUUUUUUCUUUCUUUUUUUUUUAACUCGAACUUUUCAUAACUCAGGGGAUGCCCUGAAAAAUUACCUGCAGGUGGAAUAUUUCAUGGACAAAUUUUUUUUCUCCCCUUCCAAAUUCAGUUCAUCAUCACUAAAGAACAAAGAUAAACCAGCCUCAAUUCCAGCUGCUGCGAUUGGGGGAGAGCUCUUCCCUGCCCACCAUUGCUCCCCCACCAUCCCACACUUCAGGGGGGUUGUAUCUCAUUUUGUUUUUCAGAGAUUACAGAAAUGUAGCUUUCUCGAGAGAGGUAGGAAGGAAGGGGGACCCGAUUAUAAAAAGCAGUGUCCUGCUAGUCAUUUACAUCACUUAACUCCAGAAGUGCUUCAGUGGGGUUAUCCUGGUGAGUCUAGUGGAAGUAAGUCUUAAUAGUUACAUUGAAAUGCAGAAAAACUACCCCAAGUCCUAAAAACUUCUGUUCAGUAUGAAUCAUGUCUUACUGACCUGACCCUAAAUCUAACUCACUUAUAAAUUUAGUUUCAGUUUAGUUUAAAACUUGAAUAACCUUCCCUUCCAAGCUCCUUGCCUUGGUCCUCUCCCCUUCAUCUCCCAACAUAGAGCUGGUAGGAGGGGGAAGGCAAAACCUUUCUUGGUUUCCUUUGACUUGGCCAUUUUGAAUUCAGUUAGUUACUGGGUAUAACUUACUGCUUUUUACAAAAGAAAAAAAAACAUUGUUUAUAUGGAUUUCAUGCUAACGGCGCUUUAAGAGGUAAUGGGAGAUGUGGCCACACUUUCAUUUUAAGCUUUCUACCUUCUUUUCCUCCUGCCUUCCCCUGUCCUCACAUGCCAUCCAGUGAGAAGACCUGCCCCUCAGUCUUGUCAAUGCGUCUGAGAGGGAGGAGCGGAGCCGCUGUCUCCGGUGAAACUGAAACGGUAGACCUGUAAUUACGGGAAAACGAUCAACUCUCUUGUUACAGCCCUGCCACCCCUUGCUGUGUGUAUAUAUAAUACUUUGUCCUUCAUAUGUGAAAGAUCCAGUGUUGGAAUUCUUUGGUGUAAAUAAACGUUUGGUUUUAUUUAUCAAGGUUAGAUUUAAGUUCCCUGUGUAAAGGUCUCGCUGGGUGGGUGUCUCAACGUUCACAUCUGAGGGGCCUGCAGCCCUGUACCGUGGAGGCUUCCUAAGCCCCCGUUUUUAUACACCCCUCGUUCGACCCAUGGUACCGGGCAGGGCAGAGAGGCCUUAAAAAAGCACCACAAGCCAAAGCGUCUCUGGGGAUUAAGGAUCCUUUGCCAUAAAACUCAUUUUGUGUCUCAGCAGUGCAGGGAUUGAGGAUGGGAAAAGUCGCCAGUUUUCGUGUGUUUGUGUGUAUGUCAAGUGGAUUUUCCACUGUAAUCCAACCACCUAAGUUUAUCAGGUGCUUCACUGAGGAAGCCUAGUUUUUUAAGCACAAUAGCAAAACCAUCAGCUCUGUAUUUUCUCCUGUUAUUUCAUUACAGUAGCUGCUUGUGGGGACUAGGAAAAAUUCUUCCAACAUGUUUUAAAGCCUAAAGUCUUAGUUCCCCAUUCUCCUACCUUUAUAGAUUCAUAAGCCUUUCUCACCUGGGCGUCAUAGGUAAAUGUAAUUAUUUGAGGAGUUGAAUUUAAUGAACUUACCUAACUUUGUAUAACCCAUCUUGGCUCUAGAAACUUGAUCAAAGCAAUGGCUUUAGUGAAUAUAAUGGUGAGCUUCAGAGAAAGCUAAAGCCUCCUUUUAUAAUGCUUCUCAACUGUAGGGAAAACAUUCUGACUGUGUGGCAGGGUGGUUUCUUUCCUUGUGGCCACUUAUAGUGGAUAUUUAUUGUUCUCGACCCUUUUAUGCCCUAGAAUGCUGUGGGGGUUACCGUGUUGAAUUUGUGCAGAAGCUAAAAGCACCAGAUGUGCCAGAGAUGCAAUUUGUGAUGACAUUUGCACUGGAUUGUGAUUUGAACAGGACACUUAUGACUAAUAAAUCCUUUCUCUUUAGGUGGGGAGGAGGGUUGUUGUAAAUCGAGACUUCACACCCCACCCUUGUAGCUCAGAAUCUAGAUGUAGCAGAAGCUGAUGUGGGGAGCUGCAGACAGCUGAACGUCCCACCGUGCAUCAGACCUUGCAAGAAACUGAAGGUGAAUGCAGAGGACUCUGAAAUGCCACCCAAGAGCCUUUUAAAAGAAACAGAAUUUUUUUUUAAUGCUACUUAAGGAGUCACUGCAGAAGCAUGAAAAAAUGACCCAGUCGGGUGGGGUGGGUGGGGGGCAAGGGUUUACAGAGUAACAACUUAUCUGUUGUUGUAAAUUACCUCAUCUGUAUACCUUGUAUUGGGACACGAUUUCUCAGCACUACCUGUGUCUGCAUUGAUCAGAUGGCAGGAGAUGGAAUGCCAAUAUAAAACAGUUGUGUUGGCAAUUACUCUGAAAGGUUUUUUUAAGUAAUUUUUAGCUUUGUUUGAAGUGGGCUUCCCCACCCCCUCAUUUUUUAAGUUUGAAGUCAGAGUCCCCCUCUCCCUCUUGAUUUAUUGGUUGUAAUUGUAUUGUAAUUGGUAUAACUAAAACAUAACUGUGCUGGGAAGAAGUUGUGCCAUGAAGGUCUUUAAUUUUUUUUUAAAUAAAAACAUUUAAACAAAUGAAA